AUGCGGGCGUCUAAUUCCAUCACAAACCGAUCGGAUAUCACGUUUUUGGCGUCAGCAGCGGACCCAGGGGGGGUACUUGAGGAACCCGCUGAUCCUCGACAUGUUACUCUCCUCCUGCUGUGCGCGCGGACGUGUGAUUAUGGUGUGGUUGUGGUUCGUGUUGGACAAAUGAAACAACCCAUCCUCCCACAGCCCAGUGGCAGCAAGAGUUGAGCGAUUGUGCGGACCUCUCGUUCGGGCCGACAGUUUUGAAGGAAUAAAGCAAAGUGUUUUUCCGGCGUCUGGGUCAGGUGGUCGAGGGAGAGGGGGGCGAUCCGGGGCGUGCUAUUCGAGUCUUGUGCAGUGGUUCGGGUUGCAACGAAGAGGAGGAUGGACCUAGUGAGUGCUACCCGUUGUAGACCGUAGGUCCCCAGCGGUUUUAACGCCUAUUGGAUUUUCAUCAUUACUCGGUGGGUGCCAGUGCCUCUA